AAAAGGCCGGGCAGCUCGGCAGGCCAUCUUCCGACACUUCGAGGACACUUUGAAUGCAAUUUCUGCUAAUAUUUGUCAUUUGCUGUGAAAAUGUUAGCUGAUACUAUCCUUAUACUAUUUAUUUCAAUGGCUACUGCUCUUCUAUCUGAAGGAAUCACCUACUUGCUGGUUUACAGAACAGACAAGUAUAAAAAGUUAACUGCAGAGGUUGAGAAGGAUAGUAAAAGAUUGGAGAAGAGGAAAGAAAACAUUACAGACCUUCCCAGACAAGGUGGUCAGAAAAAGAAAAUGGAGAGAGUGGAAGAGAAACUUAAAAACCACAACAGAGACCUUUCCAUGGUUAAGAUGAAAUCCAUAUUUGCCAUAGGAUUUACCUUCACAGCACUCAUUGGCAUGUUUAACUCCAUUUUUGAUGGCAGGGUAGUUGCUAAGCUACCCUUUGUUCCCCACUCAUGGCUUCAAGGAUUGUCUCACCGUAAUUUAAUGGGUACAGACUUUACAGACUGCUCCUUCAUCUUCCUGUACAUUCUCUGCACCAUGUCUGUAAGACAGAAUAUUCAGAAGCUUCUAGGAUUUGCUCCAUCACGGGCAGCAAGCAAAGUUGGUGGUCUUCUAACUCCACCUCAGGGAACCAAGUGAAACUGCUUGUAGUGAUCUGCCUCCAAGCUCCUUUUCAUGCCACUUUGUAGUAAACUGAAGACAGUUUCUGCAUUGCAUGAUACAGAUAAGAACAGAAGUCUGCUCAGCUACAUAUGAUGUCCGUUUCAGUGGCUGCUCCUGAUGCACCAAAAAGUAAAGACAUUCUCACGAGUGCAUAUUGAUGCACUUGUCCUUCACUAGAUCUACCUCUGUUUUUGACAUGAUGUUUUGUCUACAGUCCUUUCAGUAGAAAAGGUCUAAAAGUCCUGUACUGUUCCAUGUUUUUAAUAAAUGUUGCUUGCUAGA